GUGCGGAGUCUAUAAAAGAAAUCAUGUUUGCUUUGAGGACUCACUGCCAAAAACAAGAGCUACAAAGGGCUACUUCUUGUUGUUUCUCUUUUGGUUGGCUGCUUAAUUAGCUAACUGGCUUUCAUUUUGCCGAUCGUCAUAAUAAUUAUCAUCACCGUCGUCGUCAUGGCUUCAUCGAACAGACACUGGCCUAGCAUGUUCAAGUCAAAGCCCUGCAACACCCACCACCAAUGGCAGCAUGACAUCAACUCAUGUGACCGAGGUCCUAACACUUCAGUUCCUGGGUGUGAGCAAGAGCGGAGUCCGGAGCCAAAGCCUAGAUGGAAUCCAAAACCAGAGCAAAUUCGCAUACUAGAAGCAAUUUUCAACUCUGGCAUGGUGAACCCUUCAAGGGACGAGAUACGAAAGAUCAGAGCUCAAUUGCAAGAGUAUGGUCAAGUAGGUGAUGCCAACGUUUUCUACUGGUUCCAGAACCGGAAAUCAAGAAGUAAGCACAAGCUCCGCCAUCUCCAAAACUCAAAAAACCAGUCCCAGCAUACCCAAAACAAUCUUCCAAUUAAUUCUCUUGCUGCCGCCAUAAACGCACCUUCAUCCUCAUCAUUCUCUUCCGAAAAAUCAUCUCCUAAAGCACCCCAAAUGAUGACCACCUCCAAGCGCGCCUUUCCAAAUGUUACGGACGCUUCGAAUUCUCCAACAGCCUCGGUUAACCAUACCUUUUUUCAGUCCCGCGGAGAAAAUUUACCCGAACCUUUCUUCUUCCCGGUGCAACAGAUCACAGGAGAUCAGGUGCACCAUAACGUAGGAACAGCUAGUUUCACUCAAGGGUUUUGCUUUCCUGAACUAUCAAAUGCCGUUCAGGUACCUGGACAUGACACUGUUGGGCCUUGCACGAGUCUCUUGAUCAGUGAGAUAAUGAACCAUGGGGAUUCAGAGAAAAGUCUAGAAGAUGAGAAAGCCAUGAAGUUUUUCCAUCAUCAGCAGAAUUACGCUGUGACCACUCAUCCAAUUACUCACACAACUGCGGUCUCUCCCUCUACUACAGCUACUAAUUAUACUGGUACUGUUUCAUCCCCCAUCGAUCAAGUUCAAGGUGUUUGGGAAUCGGGUGCAGUUGGCACUGGUGGUCCGGCUAAAUCGACGGUGUUCAUUAACGAGGUGGCCUUCGAGGUGGCCACGGGGCCCUUCAACGUGCGAGAGGCUUUUGGCGAUGAUGCGGUGCUGAUUCACUCCUCGGGUCAGCCCCUCAUCACUAACGAGUGGGGUGUCACCCUCCAGCCACUUCUGGACGGCGCAUUUUACUAUCUGGUGCGCGCCUUCGAUUUCAAUUAACUAAGAAGCUGCUAGCUUGGUUAAGUGCGUGUGUGAAACUUGUUUGAUUGGUACUUGAUCAGAAUGUUGUUGAGGUUCGACAAUAAAAGAAUAUAGUUGCCUGACAACGCCAUGUUGAAGCUUGUGAU